UUCCUCAGCUCCGUUUCUCUCUCUGAUCACUCACUCUCUUCCCCUUGGUUUUCAAAUUCCGUGAUCAAAUUCAUACUCACAUUCUCUUCCGUGCCCUAGCAGACCUUCAAGUGAUUCAAAAAACAAUAGCAAACUACGAAAAAAGGUAAACUCUUGCGAACCAUUUUCUUCUCCGGCGCGGCGGUGCGAUAGUGGUGGCGGCGGAGAGCAUUGAGAGAGAGGUGUGCUGUAUGUCAGUAGAUUGCAGAGAGAGCUAUAGUGGUGGAAUUAUUGGCGCGCUCGCGAACCCCUUGCAAUGGCCCCAGCUUCGAAAAAAGCGACGCCUUCAUGUUGCUCCGAUUCUGCUUCUUCUUCUUCUUCCGUCAUUCCUCGCCAGGCCGCGGCGCCUCCUUCGAACGCCGUCGUUUCGGCCGCCGUGGCUCAGGAUUGGAGCGUCGCGGCUACCGAGGACCGCCGCGACGAUCAGCGCUCCAAGAAGAUCGCCAUGGCUUCCUUGAUUCCUGAACCUUCCGCCAAGAAUGCCUCCGCCGCAGGCAUCCCGAUCAUGCUUAGGCCUCAAUCAAGGCAUCCAUUGGAACCUUUAUCUGCUGCCGAAAUUUCUGUGGCAGUGGCGACCGUCAGGGCUGCUGGAGCAACUCCUGAGGUUAGAGAUAGUAUGCGUUUUGUUGAAGUGGUUCUUCUAGAACCAGAAAAACAUGUUGUUGCAUUAGCGGAUGCAUACUUCUUCCCUCCUUUCCAACCCUCAUUACUUCCGAGAACCAAAGGUGGACCUAUAAUACCCACUAAGCUUCCUCCGAGGCGAGCUAGACUUGUUGUUUACAACAAGAAGUCAAAUGAGACAAGCACAUGGAUUGUUGAGCUGUCAGAAGUACAUGCAGCUACUCGUGGUGGGCAUCACAGAGGAAAAGUAAUAUCAUCACAAGUUAUCCCUGAUGUUCAGCCCCCCAUGGAUGCUGUGGAAUACGCUGAAUGUGAAGCUGUUGUGAAAGACUUUCCUCCAUUUAGAGACGCUAUGAAGAAGAGGGGUGUUGAAGAUAUGGAUCUUGUGAUGGUUGAUGCCUGGUGUGUUGGUUAUCAUAGUGAGGCUGAUGCUCCUAGCAAAAGACUUGCUAAACCACUGAUAUUCUGUAGAACUGAGAGUGACUGCCCAAUGGAAAAUGGUUAUGCACGCCCUGUUGAGGGAAUCCAUAUACUUGUUGAUAUGCAAAGCAUGGCGGUGAUAGAGUUUGAAGACCGUAAGCUGGUUCCCCUACCUCCAGCCGAUCCAUUGAGGAACUAUACUUCUGGUGAAACAAGAGGUGGUGUUGACCGGAGUGAUGUGAAGCCUUUACAAAUUGUUCAGGCUGAAGGUCCAAGCUUUCGUGUUGAUGGAUAUUUUGUGGAGUGGCAGAAGUGGAAUUUUCGUAUUGGAUUCACUCCCAGGGAGGGGCUAGUUAUAUAUUCAAUUGCGUAUGUUGAUGGUAGUCGGGGACGAAGGCCUGUAGCCCAUAGGUUGAGUUUUGUGGAAAUGGUGGUGCCAUAUGGAGAUCCCAAUGAUCCACAUUACAGAAAAAAUGCUUUUGAUGCUGGGGAAGAUGGCCUUGGUAAAAAUGCACAUUCCCUAAAGAAGGGGUGUGAUUGUUUGGGCUAUAUCAAAUACUUUGAUGCCCAUUUUACAAACUUUACUGGAGGUGUUGAGACAAUUGAGAAUUGUGUAUGUUUGCACGAAGAGGACCAUGGACUUCUGUGGAAGCACCAGGACUGGAGAACAGGUUUAGCAGAAGUGCGCAGGUCAAGACGGCUGACAGUUUCUUUUAUAUGUACUGUGGCUAAUUAUGAAUACGGAUUCUUCUGGCACUUUUAUCAGGAUGGAAAGAUUGAAGCUGAAGUUAAACUUACUGGAAUACUCAGCUUAGGAGCACUACAACCUGGAGAAGUCCGAAAAUAUGGCACUGUUAUUGCACCGGGGCUAUAUGCACCAGUUCAUCAGCACUUUUUUGUUGCUCGUAUGGAUAUGGCUGUUGAUUGCAAACCUGGGGAAACAUACAAUCAGGUUGUGGAGCUAGAUGUUAAAGUUGAACAACCUGGAGACAAUAAUGUCCACAGCAAUGCAUUUUAUGCUGAAGAGAGACUUCUUAGAACUGAAUCGGAGGCAAUGCGAGACUGUAAUCCCCUGUCCGCCCGCCAUUGGAUUGUAAGGAACACACGAACUGUUAACAGAACUGGACAGUUAACAGGCUACAAGCUUGUACCUGGUUCAAAUUGUUUGCCAUUAGCUGGUUCUGAGGCCAAGUUUUUGAGAAGAGCUGCUUUCUUGAAACAUAAUCUUUGGGUUACACCAUAUGCACGUGAUGAGAUGUUUCCUGGAGGAGAAUUUCCCAACCAAAACCCAAGGGUCGGUGAAGGAUUGGCUACAUGGGUUAAGCAGAAUCGAUCUCUUGAAGAAACUGACAUUGUCCUUUGGUACGUAUUUGGGAUAACUCACGUUCCUCGGUUAGAAGACUGGCCUGUCAUGCCAGUGGAGCGCAUUGGCUUUGUGCUUAUGCCUCAUGGAUUCUUCAACUGCUCUCCUGCAGUGGAUGUUCCGCCCAGUGUCUGUGAAUUGGAAGUCAAAGAAAAUGACGUCAAAGACAAUGGGGUUGCAAAGCCAAUUCAGACUGGGUUGAUGGCAAAGCUUUGAAGAGAUGCUGUGUACCACUUUCUUCGCAAAGCUGCUAUUUGUCUUCGGUUUCAAUUGGCCCAUGGGAACCAAGCGCUAAGAACACAGAUUCUUUGUUAAAUGGAACUGCUGGUCAUUUGUUUAGCUUGAAAAACCAAUAGUACUUUUCUACUAUAAGAAGAUAAGAGUUGCAGAAACGUUUAAAGAAUGAUAUGAACAAGCAAUUUUGAAUGUUUAAACAUUGUCCGCUUUCGAUGAAGAUAAUCAGAAAACCAA